ACUCCAAUAAGUAGUUCGAGUUCUGACUGGCACCAUCGACAUUGGUAAUAUCGUAUAUCACCCGAACGACAUCGGUCUGUCCCUCUUUAUCAAAGCUAUUGCAAGUGUUCUCCACGGCUGUACGGUUAUACUAUAGUGGCAUUGACACCGGGGCGAUCAAAGGAUCUACGUUGACUUCCGCUCCGUCUUUCUCGAGCAUUUACAUAUCUGAACUAUGUCCACCGACCUCAUGUCCCGUGAAAGCUCAGCCUCAGUAUCUCUAGUAGCACCUGAAGUGCUUCGCCAUGUUGUCGACGUCCACUGUCAUCCGACCGAUUCUGAGAUAUCUCCUAAUACAAUGGACAAGCUACCAAUAACUAUCUGUGCCAUGGCUACGAGGAUGGAAGAUCAACGUCUUGUUCGGGACCUAGCAACUGCCUAUCCUAGCAAAGUGAUGCCCUGCUUUGGCUAUCACCCUUGGUUUACUCAUUGGAUAGCGUUGAAGCCUGUUCAUUCAAAGGAGGAACACUACAGGGGUAUAUUUGCUAACUCAGAGCAAAAUGCCGAGGAAUUUUCCAGAUUGCUUCCCUUGUUGCCGGACCCGAUCCCACUGGAAGAUGUCAUUUCUGAUUUACGUCGGAACCUCCAAAAAUUUCCUAAUGCUAUGCUCGGUGAGGUUGGUCUUGAUCGAAUUUCUCGAGUCCCAUACGACUACUUUGCUGCUCCUCGGGAAUUGACCCCUUUCGUCAUUCCCUUCGAGCACCAGCUUGCUGUACUUGAGGCACAAAUGGAACUAGCCGUAAAAUUGGGACGUCACAUCAGCAUGCACAGCGUCAAAGCUCAGAAAGCCACCUGCGAUCUGCUACAACAGAUGCAAAGGAAAUAUGGCGAGCAAUGGAACAGGGUCAGUCUUGAUCUGCAUAGCUGCGGUUUUAGUCCUCAGAUGUGGAAGGACGUUGAGGGCAGACAUGUGAACGUCUUUUUAUCACUGUCAACUGCUAUCAACAGCCGAUCCCCUAACCACCGAGCUUUAUUGGCCGCUUGUUCUCCUAGCCGGAUUCUUGCUGAAUCUGACUUUCAUCAAAUAGAUCAAUGCGCGCAACGGGCAUGGGACAUGGUUGUCACUAUCGCUGAAGUCAAAGGUUGGCAGGUAGAAACGACAUGGGAAGAGGAUCUCGAUGAAAAUCAUUGGGGUGUGGUACGACAUCUAGAGGAGAAUUGGAAAACUUUUCAGAAAGGGAACCAUGCCACUGCUCCUAAGAAGUCCCGAGGUCGAAAAGGAGUCUAACCAGGUACAGCCUGAACUUGGGCUAAUCACACAUAUUUUCUUGGCGGGAGGACAUCUCACCGAGUAAAUGUAUUUAUCUCUUUCUGUUCAAGCACCACGCAGUAAUUUUGAAGAUUGUAAUAUAAAAUAUUUCUAAACACGUAUGUUCUAAAAAGCUCAACUGUUGUCUAUGAUUUUUACUCCCUUUGUAGCGAAUUAGUCAAAUUUCUUUGCAUGAUUAAUGUAUAUGCAGCAUAGUCUCUUGCCUUU